GAUUUCUUUGGAAGUCCCCAAAGUUACAGAAUUUCCCUAACAGACAACAGCCGUUUUGACUGAAAGGCUACCAUUUUGACUCAGCAAGAAAUAAUGAGUUAUCGGGGAGGUAGGGGCAAGACUGGUGGAGGAUUUUCUGUGACCACAGAGCGGGAUGGUUCAAGAUCUUUUGACGAUGACAGAAGAUCUGGUGGACCCCGAAAAAAUUUCAGACGAGGACGAGGCUCGUACAGAGGUAGAGGGAGAGGCUAUGGAGGUCCACGUGACAGAGACGGCCCAAACCCCCGCUCCAGGCUUGAUGAAGAUGGGGAUACAAGCAUGAAAGAGGAUUCCGUAGGCCCAUCAACAAGCAGAUACACACCGUAUGGAGCUCGCCCUAACAACAGACGGACGUACGUCCCUGGGGGUAGCAAGUUGGCCAUGGACAGAUCAGAACGUACUGACAUUAGCCAUAGGGUUGGGUCAGCAGGUGGCGGGUCCAGGAACAAGAGACGAGGCAGGGACUUCGACAGAUAUAACGAGCUUUCUGAUACAGGCUGGUAUAAAGUCACGAUACCUUACGGGAGUAAGACAGACAAGAAAGUUCUACUUGAUCUCCUCAAUAGUCACCUUGAUGUCCCAUUUCAACCUAUACAGUAUCGUCAUGAAAAUAAAUCAGCUGUAUUCUACCUUGACGAUGAAUCAGCUGCUAAUGCAAUAAAAGGAGCCACCCAAAAGAUAACUCUUCCCACUGGAUUUAAGAUAAUCACAGUUGUGCGUCCAUGUUACCCUCCAGCCAACCACAUAACUGAGUCAACCAUUGAAAAACUAAAGGUGUGCAUGAGUGACCGAUAUGAUGCUGCUGGAAAGGCAUUGGACCUUAGUUCUUUGUUCCAAGAUCCAAAACUCUCUGCUGAAGGAAUCCACCUGGCUCUUAAUAAAUUCCAUGUCAUGAAUGAAGUGGUGAAGAUCAUAGAGGAGCAUAUUCCUGAGUUGACAAGUUUGGAUCUCAGCAACAAUAGGCUUAUGUCCUUGGACAGUCUCAAAGCACUGGUAUCCAAAACUCCUAAUAUGACUCAUCUGAACCUGGGUAAAAACUGCCUGAAACUGGUUGAUGAACUGUCUAAAAUCCGGGGCUGGAAACUAACAGAAUUGGUAUUAGAUGGUAAUGAUCUGUGUGACAACUACAAGGAGAGAUCGGCUUAUAUAAGUGCUGUACGCAAACAUCAACCUAAGGUACUAAAGCUGGAUGGCCAAGACUUACCCCCACCAAUAACUUUUGACUUGGAAUCCUCCACGGAUCUGCCACCGCCAAAGGAUAACUACUUCAAGACUGAUGGUCUUCGGGACUUGAUGGUGAAGUUUCUCAAGCAGUACCUGGAUGUGUUUGAUUCUGACAGUAGACAUGAUCUAAUGGCUGCUUACCAUGACCAGGCAACAUUCUCAAUGACAUUUGGGUACAACAGAAUGAUCAGUGGAAAACAACCGAACUGGCAAGAUUUGAUGGAUUGUCGGAAUUUACUCAGAGUUAAAGAUACAGAGAGGAGGCUCAAGAUGUUAAAAUGUGGCAAACUCAGUAUUGUCUCAUUUCUGAGCUCCAGUAGUUUUCCCAAGACCAAACAUGAUCGUAAUUCCUUACAUGUUGAUGUGAACAUUGUUACGAAUGAGCUGCUCAUGUUUUCUGUAACUGGACUAUUUAAAGAAGUUACAUCGAGAAAUGAUCGUGAAAUCGUGCGGGCGUUUCGGCGUGUGUUUUCAACCAUUUCACUGGGUGGAGGGAUUGUGAUCACCAAUGACAUGUUGUCUGUAACCAAUGCCAGCCCUGAGCAGGUGCAGGGAGCCUUUAAGAAUCCAGCCCCCACCCCAUCGUCAAGCCCAGUGCUAGGAGCUGCCCCAUUACAGAACCCCUUAGAAGGAGCUGAUGGUGCUCGCAUGGCCAUGGUGCAACAGUUCUCGACUGAGUCCGGCAUGAAUAUGGAGUGGUCAUCAAAGUGUCUUGAACAGAAUGCAUGGAAUUUUGAAAAGGCAGCCAAAAUAUUUACUGAUCUCCAGAAAGAGGGGAGGAUUCCACCUGAAGCCUUCAAGCAUUAGGAUGUUGUAUAUUACAUGUUUUUGAAGUUCAUAAAUCUGCAUUCAUAUCUCACAGGCCCCUAAAAGGAGAUAAGCAUUUAAAAAAGAAUGAGUGCAAAAGUUUUUGAUUGUCCUGUAUUGUUUUAACGUGUUUUUUUUUAUUCUCAUAUUUGAACAUGCUUGGACACAUUUCCAUUUCUUAAGCUGUUCUAAUUAGUAAGAAUCGGGGUGCAAAAUGUUGUAUAUUUGUUUAAAAAGAAUUACCAUGUGUAGACAAGU